AUGUUUGUUACAAAAUUACCACAUAGAAUUCAAAUUCAUCCUACUUAUUCAUUCAAUCAUCUUAUCAAACAAGUUCAAAAUGAAUUUUAUUUAAUUCUUGAACAUACACAUUAUCCUCUUCAACAAAUACUUCAAAAUUUAGAUUAUAAACAUUCAUCUGCUGCUUUUCUCAAUAUAUUAUUUGAUUUCAUUACUUAUUCAACUCAUACUGAUCUUCUAUCUGUAAAUCAAACACAAUUUCAACCGAUACCAUUGAAACAAAUGCAAAAUGUUGUUAAAUUUGAUAUGAAACUAUUAUUUUUUCAUGAUCCAACAGUUACAAAUCAAGCAAUAUCAUGUUCUCUCAUCUGUUCACAAGAUGUCUUUGAUAUCGAAACAGUAGAAGAACUAUCAAAACAAUUUCAACAUCUUCUUUCACAAUUAUUUAUUAAACAUUCAUCGUCAACAAACACAACAUCUUCUGAUUUAGUUAAUCAAUCAAUAUCGAAAUUAUCUUUUUGUCUGGAGAAUGUACCUAAAGAAAUACAACAAACAAUCUUUCAUCGAUUACCUAAUAUUAAGAAUGAAGGACCAGCUUCUUAUGCACAAUCUCGUAUUUAG